AUGGUUAGCUGUACAAGAGGACUUCUAUCACUAGAAAAAGUGCCCGAUCUGUACCAUCAAGAAAAUGAUGAUGAUGAUGCAACACAUGAUGCUGAUGAUUCGAAUGAAGAUGAUGAUGACGAUGAUGAUGAUGAAGAGGAUGAAGAUGAUGAUGAUUAUGAUGUUGAUGAUGAUGAUGAUGAUGAUGAUGAUGAUGAUGAUGAU